AUGGUCCUCAAGGGCGUAAGACCGAAGGAGGGCUGCUACUCCUCCUCCUCCUCUGCGGCGGCUCAAGUGCCGCCGCCGCUUCGCCAUCGGGUCCCCGGGCCCCACGACGCGGCCUGCAGCGUCCCGCCCGCGGCGUGGCCUCGGCGUUCCGCCUGUUCGCACGCCAACGGCCGGUGUCCUUUCCGUCAGUACAUGCCCAGCAAGCCGGCGAAAUACGGGAUCAAGUCCUGGGUGGCCUGUGACGCCAAAUCCAGCUACGCUUGGAAGAUGCAAGUCUACACCGAAAGCCGGCGGCGGACGCCGGAGAGGAACCAGGGUUGCGGGUUCGCCUUCAAGCCCACCGCCACUCUGGGGUCCUACAUCCCAAAGAAAAACACGCACCUGAGCACGCGGCAUGCGGAGGCCGACGCCAGCAUCCCCGCACAGAAGCGCCUCACGGUUGUGAAGGCUGUGAAUGCCGCGGCCGCCACACAGAGAGCUCUUGACCUGACGACGUCGCUCGACCCGAGCGUCCGGCCUCCUCCUAGCUGCCGCAGCAGCCCUGCUCGCGUGUCCAACAGAAGCUUUGUCGUGCUGCAACACAACUGGACUCAGAUAUUCAGCGGUGAGACGAUCUCUGUCAGGUGUGAGAUCCAGGGAGGAGGAGACACCCAGUGGGAAUAUGAAUGGAGGACAACAAGCUCCCACCAACCAGUCACUGGUCCAAACACAGCUCCCACACACAGUGAAUACAGGCUGGGCACUGCCUCUGUUUUCCACAGUGGAGAGUACUGGUGUAAGGCCAGAGCGGACUUGUAUUCCUCAACAGAGUGGAGUGACGCCUUCCAGCUGAGAGUAACACCCAAUAAACCCAGGCCCAGGCUGACUGCCCAUAACACAACCAUCACAGGAAAGGGAAGCGCAGCACUGAUCUGCUCUGUGGAUAACGCGGCUGAGUGGAGAUACGACUGGUUCAGAAGAACCUCAGCCUCCUCUGCAGCUCAGAUCCUAAGAUAUAAUGAAACAGAUGAUGAAAUCAGCAUCUCAGAGGAAGGCAUCUACAACUGCAGAGGAAGGAGAGGAGACACAACUGUCUUCACAGAGGACAGCAACCUAGUCACAAUAGAGAACAGAGUUUCCCACAAGGCGUCUGUGGCCCUGCAGCCUGACUGGUCUCUGAUAUUCAGCGGUGAGAUGAUCACUGUCCGGUGUGAGGUCCCUGCAGAUGGACUGACUGAGUGGGAGUAUGAAUGGACCAAACCCAACUCAACUACGGUUCCAACACACAAUGAAUACAGGAUUGUCAAUGCGUCCUCGUCCGACAGUGGAAGCUACAGGUGUUUGGCUAAAGACAAGAAGAACUUGACUUCCACAACCGAGUGGAGCGAUGUCGUCACAUUAACAGUUUCUGAAAGACCAGCGGCUAACCUGCGUGCUGACCACAGAGCCUUUCCAGUAGGGGGCAGUGUGCUCCUGACCUGCUCCGUGGGACCUUCAUCACCUGGCUGGAAUUAUUAUUGGUACAGAGGUGAGAAAACCUCGGAGCCCCUGACGGAUGAGGAUUUCAAGUCAGAUGGACAAAGUGCUAGUGCCUCACGUGAAGGACAGUACUGGUGCAGAGGAGGAAGAGGAGAUCCAGUUUACUACACCGAGUACAGUCACUCAGUCAGGAUUCAUGAAAUUGUCCACAACAGAGCUGCUGUGACUCUUCAACCCAACUGGCCGAACAGAUACAGAGGAGAAACCGUCACACUGAGGUGUGAGAUCCAGGGAGGAGACUCUGAGUGGGAGUAUGAAUGGACAGCAACCAGCUCACAUGCACCUCCCAACACAAAGGAAUUCAGGAUCAGUGUGGGGUCACAUGUGAGCGGCAGUUACUGGUGUCAGGGCCGACUGAAAGGUGCACGGCAGAAUUCAACAGGAUGGAGUGUUCCCCUCACGUUGGACCUGUCUAAUGCGGCUGCACCACGACCUGUCGUCACUGUGUCUCCGUCAUGGCUGACUCCUGGAGCCUCAGUGACUCUCACCUGUGGGGUUCCACAUCCGGCUGCAGGAUGGAGGUUCUCCUGGUACAGAGUUGACCUGAGUAGUUUGAAUCAAGUCCCCAGAUGUCCACCGUCAUUUCUAGAUAGGAUGAGUCCUGUGCACAUUCCUUACAAGUACAGUUAUGAGCUGCUCCCAGGAAGCAACGGAAGGACUGAACAAAACUCCUCCGUCAUCAGAGGCCAGACGGAGUCAGCAGGUUAUGCAUGUCGAGCUGGAAGAGGAGACCCCGUGUUUUACACUAAGUACAGUAAGAUAAAGUGGGUCUGGUCUGGAGAUUCCUAUUCGUCAGUGUCUCUCACAGUGAGUCCAGACUCAGUGCAGCACGAACUUGGUGACCUUACCCUUCUGACCUGCGAGCGAAACUCUGAUAAACUGAGAUUGUGGAGGUUUACUGGAGACCAAGUACUAUUGUUCGAGUGCAGGUCUCACAAGACAAAGUUCACAUGGUCCAUGGAAAGUCUUCGUUCUGGAGUUUACUGCUGUGAAUCUGGAUCAGAGAUCAGCAACGCAGUCAACAUCUCUUCAGUUCCAGGUCCUGUUAUCCUGGACAGCCCUGCUCGUCCUGUGACUGAGGGACAGUCCGUUACUCUCCGCUGCUCGUCGUUCGGAGGAAACCUCUAUUCCAACUUCUCUUUCUACAAAAAUGGUGAACUCCUCCGAAGGGAUGUCAGAGGGAAACUGGAAAUCUCAGCUGUGUCAAAGUCAGAUGAAGGUCUCUACAAGUGUGAACAUUCAGGAGACUUCUCACGGGAGAGUUGGAUGUCAGUAAAAUGUGAGUGUGAUCAAUAUGAGGUAGAAAAGGAGUCUCCAGGUUGAGAAGUAGAUUCAAAUCUUUUCUACUCAGUAUUUUCACUGAGACGGCUUCUAACCACCAGGUCCACUUGGUCAAU